CGAACAGUCUUCAGCUCACUGCUAAAGCAGGUUUAACGAAGCUUCUUAUAAUAAACAGGAGAAGUAGAUCCCUUCAUCCCCAGCUCACAUGGUUGCAUCAAAUCGAAGCUGUAAAACUGCAAUCAGGUUUAGCUGAAGGGUUCCGGGAGAUGGGUCCUCUUGAAAUGUUUAGUUCGAUUGAUUGGGAGCGCGAAUCCUACCCCGACUACCAAGAUUUCACUGUGCUUCCAUUUUUCAUCAUCUUCUUCCCCACAGUGAGGUUUUUCCUCGACAGAUUUGUCUUUGAGAAGCUUGGUAGAUGGUUGAUAUUUGGGAAGAGAGCCCCGCAGGUGAAGAAUGAGACUAUAGAGCAAGAAAAGAAGAUCCGAAAGUUCAAAGAAUCGGCAUGGAAAUGCAUAUAUUUUCUAUCAGCCGAGAUUUUUGCACUUGGUGUGACGUACAACGAACCGUGGUUCACAAACACAAAGUACUUUUGGACAGGGCCAGAUAAUCGGGCAUGGCCUGAUCAAAUGUGCAAAUCUAAAUUGAAAGCACUUUACAUGUAUACCGGCGGGUUUUACAUGUACUCCAUAUUUGCUCUGAUAUUUUGGGAGACACGGCGAUCUGACUUCGGGGUUUCUAUGGGUCAUCACGUCGUAUCUUCCCUUCUCAUAGUCCUAUCAUACAUAUUCAGGUUUGUACGUGUAGGUUCAGUUGUAUUGGCACUUCACGACGCCACUGAUGUAUUCCUCGAAAUAGGGAAGAUGUCGAAAUACAGCGGCGCCGAGAGACUGGCAAGCUGCUCGUUUGUUGCUUUUGUCGUAUUAUGGGUUCUGCUUCGCCUCAUUUACUACCCGUUUUGGGUUUUACGCAGCACAAGUUACGAAUUCAUACUGUUUGUUGACAAGGAGAAGCUCAAAGUCGUGGGGCCGAUAUACUAUUACAUUUUCAACACUCUUCUUUUCUCGUUGCUUGUCCUUCACAUCUACUGGUGGGUGUUGAUGUUCCGUAUGCUCGUCAAGCAGAUCCAAGCUGGCGGACAAGUCAGCGAAGACGUCCGAUCGGAUUCUGAAGAUGAAGAUUUGCAUGAAGAUUGAUGUUCUGAAAGAAUGCGAAGCUGUAAUAAUUCCUUUACCCGUAUUGAGGCAGAUUCAAAUUUCAGCUGGGAUUUUACUUGAACAGAUAGAUAGAUACAUUAAAGUAGUUGUGCAUUGUAUACAAAGGAUAUAUAUAUAUAUAUAUAUAUUUUGGUGAGAGAAACUAAUGUAUUUUACUCAAAUGUAAAUUCAAGUUUCAUUUUGCUUUGUA